GAAGAGGGUGCCUCGUCACAGCUUGCACAGCCAGGCUGGUACGUAUACGCGCCACAAUUGCUGGCUACAAAGAGCCGACUACUGCGAGCGUUAGGUUUUGAGUUUCCGCCAUCAUUGAUAGUUGUCGAUACAGCUUCGAGAAGUGUUGUGACAACAGAAGGACGACGAUUACUGGCAGACGAUGUGAAUGGAACGUCAUUUCCAUGGUGGCCACCAGCUGCGCUAGAAGUACUAAAAGGCAACAUUUUACGUCGGGUAAAUGGAGUCGUGGAAACGACAGACUUCUCAACAAGUACAAACAUACUGUUCGUGGACUGUGUCUGUGAUCCGGCGCACAAUGGGUGCCCUCCCUGCCGUCAAUGGGUGAAACAAUUAGCACCUGUCUAUGAACAAAUGAAAGCAAAUGGCAUUUCAUUGGAAAUCGUCUUUUGUUCGUCAGAUAGGACCCAAGAAGCUUUCGAUCAAUUCACUACCCAGAUGCCUUGGCCUGCAUUUGCUUAUGACCCAUCUAAAACGUUAGCAUUGACAAGAGUCUAUAACAUAAGCGGUAUUCCAUCCUUAAUUCUUCUGGACUCGUCUGGUCGAGUGAUAACAAAUCAUGGUCGAUCAUCCCUGUUAGAGGAUCCAGCUGGUCGUUACUUCCCAUGGGGACCUCGUCCUUUGUAUGAACUUAAUGAAUAUACCGUCUGUCGCUUGAGAGAUGAGCCAUCGCUGAUACUCUUCACUGAGGGCUCCGCCGAUGAUAUACAAUUCUCUCUGUCUGUGAUGGAUGGGCUCUCGAAACGGUUAUUCGAAGAACGAAUGAAGAUUGAGGAACGACGUGUGGAAGAGGCCGAAAAGAAGAGUGAUGAGAGCGCCGAGCAAGGCAAUGGAUUAUCGAAAUCGGCUAGCAGCGAAGAGUGCAGCUCGACUGGCUCGGAUUUACCGAUUCCUCCGCAAGCGGAUCCAUUACAGCUACUCUACACAGGCGAGGAUCCAAUAUGUGACCAUAUUCUCGAGUCGAUUCUCGGCCUUGGUGAUGUUGAAUUGCCAUUGAUCUGCAUUGUCGAUGGUCUAGCUGGCCAUCUAUGCGUGUGCGAUCGACCGGAUGUGUCAGAGGCAGU